AUGGCCCGCAAGAUUUUAUGUGUUGCAGAGAAGCCUGCUAUCGCUAAGGCGGUGGCUCAGCACCUCUCUGGUGGUGCACUUCGUACGUUGUCGAUUCGGGGGAAUGUAUUUGUUAAAAACUACGAGUUUGACUUCACCUUUGCACCGCCAUGGGGGAGGUGUUCAGUGACUAUGACAAGCGUUAUUGGACACUUGACAGGGCUGGAUUUUGACUCGCAAUACAGAGGUUGGAAUUCUUGUCCUCCUGGCCGCUUGUUUGAUGCCCCUGUGCAGGUGUCAGUUCCAAAAGACAAACAAAAGAUUGCCGAAAACAUUCAAACGUUGGCCAGACACUCGAAAGCUAUAUUCAUCUGGACUGACUGUGACCGUGAAGGAGAACAUAUCGGGACGGAAGUACGGUACCAGGCAAGAAAAGGAAACCCACAGAUCGAGGUAAAACGGGCUAGGUUUAGCAAUACAGAGCGAGCUCAUGUUCUACAUGCUGCCACAAAUCCAAUAGAACUGGAUGAGUUCCAAGCAAAUGCGGUAGCUGCGCGAAUUGAAUUAGAUUUGAGGAUUGGGGCGGCCUUCACCAGGCUACAGACACUCCAACUCAAAUCACUGGGGGGUGUGCUAGAGGACCGAAUUAUCAGCUAUGGAUCCUGUCAGUUCCCGACGUUGGGAUUUGUGGUCGAUAGGUAUUUCCGGGUAAAGAAUUUUAAACCAGAGCCAUUCUGGGCUAUCAAAGUUUCUCAUCUUCGUGACGGGAAAACUGUCAACUUUUUGUGGCGGAGAGUCCACGUCUUUGACAGAGCCGCCGCGGUCGUCUUGUUUGAGCGGUGCUUGAGCGCAAAAACCGCAAAAGUUACGAAAGUAAACAAGAAACCAACGCGCAAAUGGCGCCCGUUGCCUUUGACGACUGUGGAUCUCCAGAUGAUGGGAAGUAAAUAUCUUCGGAUGGACAGUCAGAAAGUCAUGAAGAUUGCAGAGGGGCUAUACACGAAAGGCUUCAUCAGCUAUCCUCGUACGGAAACAGAUCAAUUUGAUAAGGGAAUUGAUCUGAAAAAGCUUGUUGAAAAGCAGAUAUCAAGUGAAGAUUGGGGCCAGUAUGCACAGCGACUCAUGGAUGGUGCUUUCACCCAACCCCGAGCCGGUCGUCAUAAUGACAACGCUCACCCUCCGAUACAUCCAGUCAUAUACGCUGCGCCAGCGGCUUUAUCAUCCGAAGAUGAACGUCGUGUUUACGAAUUUGUGAGUCGCCGUUUCCUCGCUUGCUGUUCCGAAGAUGCAAAGGGCGAGUCCACGGAAAUCGAAAUAAAAUAUGGAGACGAGAUAUUCCACGCCCACGGCCUUCUCGUUCUGGAGAGAAAUUACCUGGAUGUUUACGUGUAUGAUAAAUGGGAAAGCAGCCAAGAAAUGCCCGUUUUCACAGUUGGGGAGGUUUUCGAACCCACUGAAGCUAAAAUCACGGAUGGCAAAACUGUUGCUCCUGGCUAUCUAACAGAGCCCGAACUUAUCGGACUUAUGGAUGCUAAUGGUAUUGGAACUGAUGCUACGAUGGCUGAGCAUAUUGCAAAAAUAAAAGAGCGCGAAUAUGUAGCAACGCGACCCCGUAGUGGCGGAGGUAGAGGUAACAAUACUGUGCAAGAAUUUAUUCCCACGCAACUUGGAGUGGCUCUCGUUAAAGGCUAUGACAACGUCGUGAAUGGCUUACCGGAUAGUCCCAGCUUAAGCAAGCCAUUUCUGCGAAAAGAGAUGGAAUUGCGGAUGCGAGAAAUUUGCGCUGGCACAAAGUCGAAGACGGAAGUGGUGAAUGAAAGCUUGCAUAUGUAUCGCGAAGUUUUUAUACACACACAGCAAAGAAUCGAAGUGCUGAAGGCUGCGUGCAGCAGGUAUAUCUUCGAACAAGUCGGUGGGUAA